UUCUCCUUCCGGAACAACGCUUUGGAUUGAAAAAGAAACUAGUACAUCAAGUAAACGUUAAUCUUCAAAUGAGAUCAUCGAAAUCAUUAACGAGUCUUUCAAACAAUAUGAAAGCGUUUCCUGAGAACUACUAAUUACUUAGGAUUCCCCUUUUCUACCCUUCUACUUUCAUUUGUGUUAAUCAGCAAUUAGUUUAGACUUUCCGUUUACGCUGUGUAGGAUGUGAUAAGAAACUUCCGUUUCAGCUUUUUAUCAUCAACAACUCAACAACAGCUUUGUAACUAGAAAACGAUUUGUAACUAUAGGAAAAGUACAAACAUUUAGCUGAAAUCUUCGAGGUAUCAGAUACUACCAGUAUGUCCCUCUCUUGUUGAUAAAAUUCUUCAUAUUUGAAUUCUCUACAGGUUCCUAAAUAUAAUGCAUUGUCACACAAAAGGACUUGACAUCUCCAUCUGGUGUUAUAUCUUCAUAAUAUUCUCAUCAUUUUAUUCGUCUCAGAGCAAUUCAACUGUAGAAGAGAUCUGCAUUGCCCUUCAGCCGCAGACUGCCCGAGUCAUCAAUAAUUUUGCUCAAAAUCUGAUUAGCUUAAUAGGUGGCAAUGGCAAUCUUAUUUUCUCUCCUUUCAGCAUCUCGAUUGGCUUGGGUAUGUUAUAUUUAGGAGCUCGAGGUAACACGGCAGAGCAAAUAAAAAACUCAAUGCAUUACAGUUUAUUACAGAGUAAUAAUACUGUAGAAGGAGUGCAUGAGCAUUUCCGUUCACUGCUAGUUACUCUUAGUGAGACCAAUGGAGAAUACGAGCUAUUUUCAGCUGCCAGAUUAUUUUCGCAAUUGGGAUACGCAUUUCGAGAAGAGUAUCUACAAAAGCUUAAAGCAUAUUACGAUGCAGAACAACAAAUUGUAGAUUUCGCGCAAAACGGCAGAGAAGCAAUAAGAAAAAUAAAUGAAUGGGUUAACACAAAAACUAAUGAGAAAAUACCUGAAUUAUUUCAGAAUCCAUUAGAUCCAUUUACAGUUAUGGUUCUACUGAAUGCUGUUUAUUUCAAAGGCUUGUGGGAAAUCCCAUUCCAUCCAUCAAUGACACAAAAUAACGUAUUCCAUGGAGUGAAUGGAGAUAAAGAGAUACCAUUUAUGGAAUUUCGAGAAAGAGUGCAUUACUUUUUUGAUUCCGAUACAAAUUACCAUUUCCUAGAAUUGAAAUACCAAGGAAAUCACAUAAGUAUGAUAUUUGCACUUCCUGAAUCAAUAAACAGUGCCCCUGAUUUAGAACUUAAUACUAAUAUGUUAUGCAAAAUUAGAGCUGGCUUUCGUAAACAGCUAAUUAAUGUGAUCAUCCCGAAGUUCAAGCUGAGUUACGACAGAACACUAAAUGAUGACUUUAAAUCAAUGGGUAUGAGUGAGAUAUUCGAAGACACAGCCAACUUCACUGGUAUGAGAAAUGAGGUGGGUAUGUACAUAUCUCUGAUCAAGCACAAAGCUGUUAUAGAGUUGAACGAGAUAGGUAGUGAGGCUUCGGCUGCCAGCGCUUUUGUGGGUUCUGUUAGAACAAUGUUUCACGGCCCAUACUUUACUGCAGAUCAUCCAUUUUUGUUCUUCAUUUUAGAUAAACGUACGGGAUGCAUUCUUUUCUUAGGUCGAUUCGUGGAUCAAUAUAAAAAUCCUGAAUUUGUUCAAGAUUUACUAGCAACUGCUAUUUCGGAUCGUAAAUUGUUAGAGCAAAAGCAAAUUGAAAAGAAUAAGCUGGAUUAUAAUCUUCAAAAAAUGAGAAUAGAGCGAGAACUUCAAAAAGCAAAAAUGGAUUAUGAACUGGAAUUGGCAAGAAUCCAAGCACAGAAUCAAAGAAUAAAUGACCCUGUAGAAAAGAAAUCUAAACAUGAGAUUGAUCUUCUGACCAAAGAACAUUUUUUAGAAACCGUUACAGUAAAUAAUGAUGGUCGUUGCAUUGAUGAAGGUAUAGAAAAUAUGCCCACUUCUGAAGUGAACUUUUAUGGUAAUUACUUACCUCAUCGCCCUGUCCUAAAGGAAAGCAGCAGUACCACACUUAUUAGUCCAGUGUUUGAUACUUCAGCGAGGUUGACAAAUCAUCCUUCUCUGAACCAAUGCUUCCGGUGCGGUCCUAAUUUAAUCGAACUUAUUCCAGACGUCCUACUGCGAUUCAGAGAGCGGCGAUAUGGAGUCAUAGCGGACAUUAGAAAAGCCUUUGAACAAAUAAGUAUUCAAAAAGAGGAUAGAGACUUUCUGCGAUUUUUAUGGUGGGAAAACAUGGAAGAGAAGAAGCUCAGAGAUUUUCGACAUGCCAGGCUUGUUUUCGGUGCAAAAUGUAGCCCUUUCCUUCUGGCCUCAGUUAUUAAGCACCACACUGAAAACAUCGAAGAUCUUGAAGCUGCUUUUAAAAAGAGACUGUUGCAAAGUUUCUAUGUCUACAAUGUCGUUACUAGUGUUGACACUAAACAACAGUUGGAAAAAUUUAUUCAAUUCGCUUCAGAAAAUUUAAGUAAGUGCGCUCUUCACACUUCUGUUGAUGGCAGCAAAGACGCUUAUGCAGCGGUUACGUUUCUAAGGAUUGAGAACAACGAUCGAGUUGAACUGUUUCUUCUUGCUGCAAAAUCUCUAGUUGCUCCUUUAAGAGGGGCCACUAUCCCAAGAAAGGAGCUUUUGGCAGCCGUAAUUGGUGCCAGACUGACAGAUUCAGUAACUAAAGCCAUCGGAUGGGAAAGAGUUAACAAAUAUUACUGGAGUGAUUCCACAACAGUGCUCGCAUGGAUUAAAAGAGAUGAAAACUGGUCUAUUUUCGUGCGAAACUGUGUUAAGGAGAUCAGAGAACUCAGUAAACCUUCAGCUUGGAAGCACGUUCCUGGAGAAAGAAAUCCUGCUUAUCUGCCAUCCAGAGGUCGUAUUAGUGAGCUUGUUCCAGGUAAAGACGGUAAUGUGCGGCUUGUGAAAGUGCAGACUUUACACCAAGAACUUCUUCGUCCUAUUCAGAGAAUAUAUCCUCUUGAGAUAGCAUCUCCUACUGACUGUCCUAAGCCUGUACUUCUAACAGGAAUUAUGGAGAAGACAAGAAAGUUUGCUUCUUUGGUGAUUUUGUUCUUAAUUUCAUGGAAUAUUUGUAAUGCACAUGAUAAUUCUACACUCGACUGUGAAAUAGAGAAGCAAACAUUUUCAAAAGUAAUUCUUAGCUUAUGCUCCAAAUUGAUGAAUGAAAUCGAAGGAGAUGGUAAUUUUUUCUUUUCACCUCUUAGUUUAUCAAUAGCUUUAGGCAUGCUGUAUGUAGGAGCACGUGGAACAACUAGGGGCCAGAUGGCGGAUGCACUGAAUUAUAAAGAAGAAGAAGACAGCUUUUCAAAUCUCCGAGUCAGUCGAGGCUUCAGGGAUUUAAUUCGAGGACUUGAAACUGAAAGUGAUAAUUCUCUCAGCAUAGCAAAUAGCAUUUUUAUCCACAGAGACUACACAGUGUCUUCUCACUACAUUUCAAAAUUAAAACAUUUUUUCGGAGCUAAUGUCGACUAUCUGGAUUUCACAAAUGAGAGAACUGUGUCUAUGGAAAAAAUUAAUGACUGGGUUUCUAAUUAUACUAAUGGCAAAAUCUCCAAACUUUUAAUUGAACCUUUGAAUCCUAUGACUAUCAUGGUACUGAUAAAUGCCGUUUACUUCAAAGGACUAUGGAAUUAUCCUUUCAGUGAAAAAUUAACAUGGAACGGUUUCUUUUAUAGAAAAAAUGGUACAUCCAAAGUUGUGCCUUUUAUGAUAUUGCAAGAAAGUCUUAAUUUCUAUUUUGAUGAAAAAUUAAAUUAUUCUUUCUUAGAAUUAGAUUAUGUUGGUGGACAUAUGAGUAUGUUAGUUAUUUUACCUAAAAAUGCCCAAGAACUUUCGAAAAUGGAUCUUACUCCUGAAAUUCUUUGUCGCAUUAGAAGUCAGUUGCAGCCAGCUGAUGUCAUGGUGGUACUUCCUAAAUUCCGGAUGGAGUACAAGCGAGAGCUAUCUAAAGACAUGAAGAACUUAGGAAUGGAAAAACUCUUCUCGGACAGAGCUGAUCUAUCUGGCAUUCGGGAAGAAAACGAUCUUCACGUAUCACUGAUGGUUCAUAAAGCAGUCAUUGUCGUAGAUGAACAUGGCAGCGAAGCUUCAGGAGUGAGUGGAGUUGGAAUAGAUGGACGAAAGAAAGCUGGCGAGCAAAUAACUUUCUGGGCAGACCACACUUUUUUAUUUCAUAUAAUAGACAAAAGAACUAACACUGUGUUGUUUUCUGGCAGGGUAGCUGAUCCGUAGAAAAGGUAAUAGAAAAUGAAGAUUGCUUAUUUAUGUGUUAUUUAGCUUGAAAUGUAUAACAUUAUUAUUUAGAUGCAUCAUUUUUAAACUAUCCAUUUGAUUAAAUGCUGUUCUCAAAAUUCAGAUUCGUUUAACUAAGAACAUUCAUUGGAGAUGAAAUAUAACAACCAAAGUAUCUAGAGUUGUACUGGAUCCACUAAUGGUAAUGUAAGGCAGAUAAUGUAUAGUAUUACAAAAAUCUA